AUGGUGAGAAACACCUUACAUGAUAUUUUUUCAAAGGUGAAAGUUAUAUCCAAAUCAAAAAUUCAAGGUAUAUCAGAAGGAUUCGACCAUUUACUUGAUGUGGCACACAUGCUUUGUCGCCCAUCAGGUAAGAAAGUUGAACAAAACAUGAAUGCUAGCACAAAAAACCAGUGUUGCAAGAUAAGUUUUUGUGGCAACAGUUUACAAUUAUCAAACGAAAUCCCCCCUCAUCUUAAAUUUUGGCAAUGCUAUCAUAUUCCAACUGCAACAGAGCUUUUUGACGCUGGAGUUAGCUUCUUAAAAACAGGAUAUGUGGGAGAAAAUAACGAGGAUAAAACAUCAUUAUUCGAUAUCACGUUUGAGAAGGGAUUAAUGAAAAUCCCGUGUUUCGCGAUUAACGAUACUAUGGAAACCUUCAUGAGAAAUAUGAUAUCUUUUGAGCAACAUACUUCAAAAGAACUAUAUCCUUAUUUCUCGAAUUAUAUGCAUUUAAUGACUCAACUUAUUGGCUCACAUAGAGAUGUGAAUUUUCUUCGCAAAAACAAAAUCAUCCUUAAGGACAUAGGAGAUGACAAACAAGUGGCCAGCAUCUUCAAGAAACUUUCAGAUGGGGUGGCAAUCACAGACUUUUAUUACAUAAAAGAAUGCAGUAAAUUGAUUCAACAUUGUGAAAAGCCGUGGAAUCAAAUGAAGGCAAGUUUGAGGAGCAACUAUUUUCAGAGUCCUUGGGCAGGAGCUUCAAGUGUGGCAGCUAUUACACUUCUUGUGCUCACAGUUAUACAGACUGUUCUGGCUUUUACCGGUCCUGUCCUUGAAGUUUUCAUCCAAGCUUUCCGGAAAAGCUCCUUUGGUGGUGGAAGCUCGUUGCUUACCACUCGUCAUCCAGUUCCUGCUCAGCGAAAGCAUCUUAAUGUUAUGAAAACAGCUUAUUUGUUGCAGAUAAUGUUCAGCUGA